AUCUCUUCAUAAGUUAAGAAUUUCUUUGCAAACAGGAAACGUGUUCCUGCACUGCUCAUUUGAUGAUAAAUGCUCUGAAACUCAUGAACCUUUACUUUCUCGUUCCCACCUUCCAUAAACAUGCCUGUGAUUGUCAUUGACGACUAAAGUUUGCAAAUGUGCGUGUGAAGGAUUGUUCGUGUGCCCUGCGACUUGCUGGAUAUUGGUUCAAAUUAACCUGGGAUUGGCUCCGGCUUUGGUAUUUUUCUCAUGGUAAAAUACUUCCAUCCGCUCGCGGAUGGUUGGUAUGAUGGUUGCUCUGCGUCUGACUUCAGGACAAGAUGGAGGCAGAGGAUCCUGAUUCGGAGAACAAUAAGCACCUCUUUUGUAUGAAAGGAACCAACAAUGCCGGCAGCAAAACUCCCCCGUCGCUGUUUGGGAAGUACAAGCAGAGCGUUCAAACUCUCAAACCUUUCCGCUGGACCUCGGCGCACCCCCACCCGAUGGACAAUGCAGGGUUCGUGUCCUAUUCCACCUUCUCAUGGCUGACCUCCAUCUUCUGGAGCCUAUUCCGGAACAGGCUGGACAUUAGCACCCUCCACCUGUCGCCUUUGGAUGAGGCCAGUAGAAGCACGGACAGGCUUCAGAGACUGUGGGAGGAGGAAGUAGCAAAGUCGGGUCUGGAAAAGGCCUCUUUGCUCCGAACCAUUCUUUGUUUCCAAAGAACCAGACUAAUUAUCUCUUUUAUGGCCGGGGUCCUUGCCAUGGUGUCAGCGUUUGUGGGUCCGGCUAUUCUGGUACACUUGAUCCUGGAUCAUGUCGGCGACCCUUCAAAGGCGACUCAGAUGCAUGGAGUCGGCCUCUGCUUUGCUCUGUUCACCACAGAGUUCCUCAAGAGCUUCUUCAUGUCGCUGGUGUGGGCCAUCAAUUUGCGCACUGCCGUUAGGUUGAAGGGGGCCGUCAGCAUGCUGACCUACCAGAAGGUCAUCUCGCAGCGGGUGCACAGCGGCAUCUCCAUGGGAGAGAUCAUUAACGUCCUGACGACUGAGGGCCAAAAGCUGUUUGAGUCGGCGGUGCUUGGCAGCUAUGCUCUGGUGUCCCCGGUGCUCUUGUGUCUGUGCAUCAUCUACGCCUGCUUCAUCCUGGGCUUCACGGCACUGAUUGGUGUCGGUACCUACCUGGUCUUCGUUCCAGUGCAGAUUUUAAUGGCCAACGUCAUCAGCAAGCUCCAACACAAAUCCAUCUUGAUGACGGACAGUCGUGUUCGCACCAUGAACGAGAUCCUCAACAGCAUCAAGCUCAUCAAGAUGUAUGCUUGGGAAGAGUCCUUUGAGAAGAAGAUCGCAGAGUUAAGGAAAAGAGAGAAAAAAUAUCUGCGCCAAACAAGUUACGUCCAGAAUGCCAACAACAACAUCACCGCCGUCCUCCCCAUCCUAGCCACCAUGUUCACCAUCCUGCUGCACACCUUGUUGGGCUGCGAGCUCAACGCCACCGAAGCCUUCACCACCAUCGCCAUCUUCAACGCCAUGCGCUUCUGCCUGGCUCUGAUGCCGCAGUCCAUAAAGGCGCUGGCCGAAGCCACCGUGUCUGUGACACGUCUCAAGAAAAUAUUGCUGAUCCAGAAUCCGGAUACCUAUUUGGUGCAAAGGAAAUCCGGCGACUUGGCCAUCGAGAUGACAAACGCUAGCUUUUCCUGGAGCAAACCAGGUAUCCGGAGUGACGAGCCCUCGUUCGGCGUGGUUAAUGGAGGGCUGUCGAUGGCCAACGGAGAGCUUGGACACAAGGCGGAUGAAAAUACGGACUUCUUGCCCACUUUGAGGAAUAUUUCCUUCUCGCUUCCCACGGGCAAGUUGCUGGGUGUUUGCGGGAAUGUGGGUAGUGGGAAAACCUCACUGAUUUUGAGCAUUUUGGAGCAGAUGCACCUCCUCCAGGGCUCCGUCUCGGCCAGUGGGACCUUUGCGUACGUUUCCCAGCAGGCGUGGAUCUUCCACGGAACAGUUCAAGAAAACAUCCUGAUAGGGAACCCUCUGGACGAGGACACAUACAAAAGCGUUUUGGACGUGUGCGGCCUUCGAGCUGACCUGCAGAUAUUCCCACACGCCGAUCAGACCGAGAUCGGCGAGCGUGGCCUGAACCUGUCGGGUGGCCAAAAGCAGAGGGUCAGCCUGGCUCGGGCCGUCUACGCCAACAAGGACAUCUACCUGCUCGAUGACCCGCUCUCGGCUGUGGACGCUCACGUGGGCAAGCACAUCUUUGAGGAGUGCAUCAAGCGCCGGCUGCGGGGAAAGUCCAUCAUCCUGGUCACACACCAACUCCAGUAUCUGGAGUUCUGCGAUGACAUUCUGUUGCUGGAGAACGGCGAGGUCCACGAGACGGGGAACCACCAGGAGCUGAUCAGGGCCAACGGACGCUAUGCUGAGCUCAUCAGAGGCUACCAUGCAGAACAGGCCAAAGCGGAGAAAAAAGAGGAGGAGGCUCAGCCCAUGAAGACAAUGGAGCCUGAGCGGAGAGAACGAGCAAAGAGCGGAAUCAUCAACCCCGCCUUCGACAUCCUAGAUGAAGUCGAGGUGGGAGACAUCACCGGGCAAAAAUUGUGUCAGAAAAUGUCAGCAGUGGAGGAUGGGGACCAGUUGGUCAGCAAGGAGUUGUCCACAGAGGGCGCUGUGUCCUGGAGCAUUUACAGACACUACAUAAAGGCAGCAGGAGGUUACAUCAUCACCUUCCUCAUGAUCUUGAAUUUUGUGCUGAUGAUCAGCUCCACGGCCUUCUGCAACUGGUGGCUCAGCUAUUGGCUUGACCAGGGCAAUGGGUCAGCCAACGGAAGCACGUCAGAACCGGGUGACAUUUAUGAGAACCCAGACAUCCACUUCUACCAGCUGGUCUACGCCAUGAUGAUGUUGUUCAUGUUGUUCACCAGCACCGUGAAGUGCUUCUUCUUUACCCAUGUCACCCUGAAUGCCGCCUGCCACUUCCACGACAUCCUGGUCAAAAAGAUAAUAGGCAGUCCCAUGAGCUUCUUUGACACCACACCAACGGGACGCAUUCUCAACCGCUUCUCCAAAGACCAGGAGGAGCUGGACAGUGUUAUUCCAAACUACAUGGAUCUCUUCUUCCAGUUCAGCCUGAUCGUGGGCGUCACAGUGAUCACCAUCGCCGCCGUCUUACCCCUCAUGCUCAUCGCUGUGUUCAUCAUGGGACUUCUGUUCACGCUCAUGCUCUUCAUGGUCCAGAGGAGCGUCCGCCUGAUGAAGAAGAUGGAGAACAUCAGUCGCUCUCCCUGCAUCUGCCUCACCACAUCCACUCUGCAGGGCCUCAGCACCAUCCACGCCUACGACAUGAAAGACAGCCACAUCCAGCUGUUCAUGUCCUUGAACGACAUCAACUCCAACUACUACCUGCUCUUUAACGCUGGGACCCGCUGGCUCAGCUAUAGGCUGAACUUAAUGGCAGUCUUGAUGACCUUUUUUGUGGCGCUCAUUGUGGUUCUGAUUAGUAAUGAGCACAUCAGUCCGUCCUUGAAGGGCCUGGCUUUGUCCUACACCAUACAGUUGACGGGCGUGCUACAGUACAUGGUGAGGCAAGCCACAGAGGUGGAGGCCAGGUUCAACUCUGUGGAGAGGCUGCAAGAGUACAUCACGGAUUGUAAAUCUGAGGGUCCCAGACACACGGAAGACGCUAAUAUCCCGAAGGACUGGCCCGCGAGUGGGUCCAUUACCUUCCGGGACUACAAGAUGAAGUACCGAGAGAACACGCCCAUUGUCCUGAACCGGCUGGACUUCCUCAUCCGAGCCGGAGAGAAACUGGGCAUUGUGGGAAGGACGGGUUCUGGCAAGUCCUCUUUAGGGGUGGCGCUGUUCCGACUGGUAGAGGCGGCCGAGGGAAGCAUCGUCAUCGACGGUGUUGACAUCUCGACCAUCGGUCUGCAAGAUCUGCGCAGCAAACUCUCCAUCAUCCCCCAGGACCCCGUGCUAUUCAUCGGCACGGUCAGGUACAACCUGGACCCCUUUAACAUCUACAGUGACAAGGAGAUCUGGGUCGCUCUGGAGAGGACCUACAUGAAGGACUCGAUCUCCAAAUUGGAGGGUCAGCUUCAGGCACCGGUGUUUGAGAACGGAGAGAACUUCUCUGUCGGGGAGCGACAGUUAAUGUGCAUGGCUAGAGCGCUGCUACGCAACUCUAAGAUCAUUCUUUUGGACGAGGCGACGGCAUCCAUCGAUGCCCAGACCGACUCGCUGAUCCAGAGCACCAUCAGAGACGCCUUCCAGCACUGCACAAUGCUCACCAUCGCCCACCGUAUCAACACCGUAAUGCACGCCGAUCGCAUUUUGGUUAUGGACAAUGGAAAGGUGGCAGAACUGGACAUUCCAGACGUCUUGUCGAAAAAGCCCGACUCGCUGUUCUCCUCGCUCCUGGCAGCUGCAAACACUGUGAACGUGUCAGAGACGCAUUGAUGUACACUCAAUAUGUUCUCAUUCAUGGACUGGAUGUUGCACAUGUACCCACAGUAGUGGCCAUAGAGCCAAUAGGUUGUUUGACUUUUGUUUUUUUUUUCCAAUGAGUGAUAGAUGAUGUGUUUUAAAAAAUAUUUAUUAGUUAAUGCCUGGCAUUUCAAUCACUUUUUCAAGUGACUUGAGCAUACAAUCAGAUUUUUAAAAGGUUUUUUUUUCCAAAAGGUUUGUUGGUUUGUUUGUGUGAACAGUGUUUCCAUCCUGCUGCUCAUUCUUGGCCACACGGCAGCGCCAGUGGUUUUCGCCUGGAUGUCAGCUCGGUAGCGACUCAUAACUCCACUGUACUUGAGUUCAAUAAGAAUGACGUCAUAUUCGGGCCGCAAAAGUACAGCGAUAGCAAUAAAACAACUUUCUAAUGAAGAA